CGGGGCGGCGCGGGAGCGCGCGGGCGGCAGGGUCCGGACCUGCGGGCCACGCGCCGCCAUCGCCGCCCUCUUCGGAGGCGCGGGCCCGGCGGAAGCCAUGUUUGUGGCGCGCAGCAUCGCGGCGGACCAUAAGGACCUCAUCCACGAUGUCUCUUUCGACUUCCACGGCCGGCGGAUGGCGACCUGCUCCAGCGACCAGAGCGUCAAGGUCUGGGAUAAAAGUGAAAGUGGAGAUUGGCAUUGUACUGCUAGCUGGAAGACACACAGUGGAUCUGUAUGGCGUGUGACAUGGGCACAUCCUGAAUUCGGACAGGUUUUGGCUUCCUGUUCUUUUGACCGAACCGCUGCUGUGUGGGAAGAAAUAGUAGGAGAAUCAAAUGAUAAACUGCGAGGACAGAGUCACUGGGUUAAAAGGACAACUCUAGUGGAUAGCAGAACUUCUGUUACUGAUGUGAAAUUUGCUCCCAAGCAUAUGGGUCUUAUGUUAGCAACCUGUUCAGCAGAUGGUAUAGUAAGAAUAUAUGAGGCACCAGAUGUUAUGAAUCUCAGCCAGUGGUCUCUGCAGCAUGAGAUCUCAUGUAAGCUAAGCUGUAGUUGUAUUUCUUGGAACCCUUCAAGCUCUCGUGCUCAUUCCCCCAUGAUAGCUGUAGGAAGUGAUGACAGUAGUCCAAGUGCGAUGGCCAAGGUUCAAAUUUUCGAAUAUAAUGAGAACACCAGAAAAUAUGUAAAAGCUGAAACUCUUAUGACAGUCACUGAUCCUGUACAUGAUAUUGCAUUUGCUCCGAACUUGGGAAGAUCUUUCCAUAUUCUAGCAAUAGCAACCAAAGAUGUGAGAAUUUUUACAUUAAAGCCUAUGAGGAAAGAACUUAUUACUUCUGGUGGGCCGACGAAAUUUGAAAUUCAUAUAGUGGCUCAGUUUGAUAAUCAUAAUUCUCAGGUCUGGCGAGUGAGUUGGAAUAUAACAGGAACAGUGCUGGCAUCUUCAGGAGAUGAUGGCUGUGUGAGACUCUGGAAAGCUAAUUAUAUGGACAAUUGGAAGUGCACUGGUAUUCUGAAAGGUAAUGGGAGCCCAGUCAAUGGGAGUUCUCAGCAGGGAAACUCAAAUCUGUCCCUAGGUUCAAAUAUUCCAAAUCUUCAAAAUUCAUUAAAUGGAUCUUCUGCUGGCAGGUAUUUCUUUACCCCUCUGGAUUCCCCACGGGCUGGAUCGAGAUGGUCCAGUCAUACCCAGCUCCUUCCUCCUCCUCCUCCUCCUCCUCUGGUAGAGCACUCUUGCGAUGCUGACACUGCCAGCCUCCAGUAUCCUCACCCUCGCAGACGAUACCUCUCUCAGCCUCUUAAUCCCCUACCUGAGAAUGAAGGGGUUUAAAACAGUGAUUUAACAUUUAAAGGCCUCAUUCAAAUGCUUGUAAAUGCUUUCAUUCCUGGCUGCUUUUUGUUUUUCUUCAUUUUCUUUCAGAAGAUUUUUCUAAUUUAGGGUGUGUCUUGCAUGUAUUACAAUCAGAACAUAAUGUUUGGAACUUAAACCUGUUUGUGCAUCUGCAUCAAAGGAACAUUUACUUCAUCUUUGAUGAAAUGAGAAACAUACAAGUAAUAUUAACUGUGGGAGUUACACAUAGUAGCUGACUUCAAAGUGCCUGUUUUGUAAAUUUUGUUUUGAACUGUUAUCAUAAUCUUAAAUUUCUUAUGCUUUGUCAUACUGGUUAAUGUGGAAGUGUAUCAUUAUGAAAUUCACUCUGCCUUUGAAACAUUAAGAAAUGUUUUAAUGUUACAGGCUAAUGUUGCAACUAACCUGCAUGUAAAAUAAAGCAUUCCUGUGUAAAAAACAGCAAAA